AUGGGCAAAAAGACUCCCAAAUCACCGCAAAGGUCUAUUGCAAAAUCCCCUGGACCUGGACCUGCUGUAGCCCCUUCGUCUAGUUCAGUUUCUAAAAAGUCCAAAUCGAAGAAAAAGAAACCGUCUAGUCCAUACGCGGAAUCUCCAUUGCAUGAUCUUUUGCAUACGUUCGAAAGGGCUCCAGAUCAAUGGGCAGCAAGGUAUAUUCUCAUACUUACUGCCAUAAUAUUAAGAGGAGUCGUUGGGUUGGGAUCAUUUCUGGGUGAAUCUCAGGCUCCAAUCAAUGGUGAUUUUGAGGCUCAACGUCAUUGGAUGGAAUUGACUAUCCAUUUGCCAAUUGAUCAGUGGUACUUUUAUGACUUGCCCUACUGGGGAUUGGAUUAUCCACCUUUGACUGCAUUCCAUCUGUUCAUAUGUGGUAAAAUCGGCUCAUUUAUUAAUCCUAAAUGGUUUGCUUUAGAUGCUUCUAGGGGUUUAGAGUCUUCUGGGUUGAAGACGUUUAUGAGGCAUACAAGUCUUAUCAGUGAACUUUUCGUGUAUUUCCCAGCCUUGUUGGGAUUCAUAGCAUUUGUCGGAAAGAAGUUGAAUCUCUCAAGAAUCGAUCAAAUCGUUAUAUCUGGUAUCAUCAUGUGCCAGCCUUCCCUUAUUCUCAUAGACCAUGGCCACUUCCAAUUCAACUCAGUGAUGUUGGGACUUUUCUUAUUCAGUUUUACAGACUUGUGCAAGGGGAACUAUCUCCUUGCAUCUGUCUGGUUUGUUUGCUGUAUCACUUUCAAGCAAAUGGGGCUUUACUAUGCUCCUUUCAUCUUCAGUUUCCUUUUGUCAGUUUGUUUCACCAACAUCAAUGAGACCAAAGGUACAGGAAAGGGAACUGUUAUAUCUGUGCUCAAAUCAUUAAGCUUUAGAAGAUUGUUUUCUAUUGGUAUUACCGUGAUUCUUACAUUCAUUACCAUACUUGCACCAUUUAUUUACUUUGCUUCUACUAGAGACGUCCAGUCCACUCUUUUACAGAUCCUCAUCAGGGUGUUUCCCUUUCAGAGAGGAAUCUUUGAAGAUAAAGUUGCAAGCUUUUGGUGUACUACGAAUUUGAUUAUCAAGUAUAGAACAUUAUUCACUCAAGACCAAUUGGCCAAAUUGUCCUUGCUUGUUACUUUGAUUUCAAUCUUACCUCCUUGUACUAUGAUAUUUUACAAGAACUUAUUCUCCAGAACAUUCCUGAACCAAAAGUCACUGGCCAAUAAGUAUUUGGCUCUUAUCUAUGGAUUUGCAGCAACUUCUUGGGGAUUCUAUUUGUUUUCAUUCCAAGUACACGAGAAGACAGUAUUGGUACCUCUUUUGCCAAGUACUUUAUUGUACCUUACUGCUGAUGCCGAAGCUGCUUCCAUAUGCCAAUGGAUAAAUAAUUUUGCUGUGUAUAGUAUGUGGCCACUAUUACAAAGGGAUGGAUUGACGUUACAGUACAUAAUCACACUUGCUUUGUCCAACUUUCUUAUUGGUAGCAAGGCAAUUUUACCAAAGAACAUCAUCUGGAAAAUAAUUAUCGUUCUAUCUUACAUUGCAGCAUUUAGCAUUCAUGCUAUUGAAAUAUUUGUCCCACCAUUAUCCAAGUAUCCUGAUCUUUGGGUAAUAUUGAACACAACGGUUUCAUUUGGCUGCUUUGGAAUUUUCUGGCUAUGGUUAUUAUACAAAAUGUAUCAAUUAUAG